UAGCCGGACACAGGGCUUCCGGAGAGAAGAGAAGAUGUCUCUGCCCGUGUUGAGAGGAUGUCACCGGUUCCCAUCAUCUCUCUGCUUCUCUCGUCUGUUUCUGAAGGAGCGUCUCAUCCUGAACCGGUCCGGUAACACGCGGCUACCGUCUCCAGCAGCUGUUUCCGUGGCAGCAGCGGCCCCGGUCCGCCGGUACAGCUCCAAACAGACCCAGAACCAGCAGGUCGUGGUGGUCGGGAUCCCGAACCCCUUCAUCUGGGUCCGGACCAGGAUCUACUACUUCCUGAUCCGGGCUUACUUUGAUAAAGAGUUCAGCAUCGAGGAGUUCACGGAGGGAGCGAAGCAGGCCUUCUCCCACGUGUCCAGACUGUUGUCACAGUGUCAGUGGCAGGCUUUAGAAGGGCUCGUGGCUAAAGACUUGAUUGGAAAGCUUGAGGAAAAGCUCAACCUGCUGCCAUCGAGCUACAAGAAAGCUCUCUCUGCGGAUCCUGAUGAGAUCAUGUACAUGACACCUGGAGACGUGGGAAUCUACUAUGAUGAUGAUGGGAGAAAGUUUGUCAGUAUUCUGAUGCGUUUCUGGUAUCUGACAAGUGCACGUCUCCCUAACGACACCAUGGAGGGGACCCGUGUCUUCCAGGUGGCCAUAGGUGGAGAGGGAGAAGCAGAAACUAAGAGACUCCUAACUGCAAACUAUGAAUUCCAAAGGGAGUUUACUAAGGGGGUUCCUCCAGACUGGACUAUUACGAGGAUAGAGCACUCUAAGCUUUUGGAUUAAGGUGGUUUUGAUUUGAGGCAGUUGUGCCACUGGAAACUAAUCAAAGACAUGAAAUUCCCCUCAGUAUUUGCUUUCAUUGCAUUGAGUAAAAGCAAAGAGCUCAAGAUUAUCCACAGAGGGAAAACAUGAUGCAUCUCCUAAGUCAGAGAAAAGCACCUCAGGACAAACUUGAAUUCAUCCAAUAUUCACUGUAGAAAAGACACAUGAGCCAAACCCAUCUAUUCUGAUAGAUACUGUCCAGAACUGUCUGCAGUAUAACAGUGUUUCUUGUGGUUUUCUUCACUAUUACUGAUUUCCCCCCCAAAAAACAGCGAUCAGACUACAGUAGGUUUGUGAACUCCUGUUUUUGAAGGUUUUGUUCAUUUAGGAAUGUGGCCAAGUGAAUCAAACAUUACUUUCAACUAAUGUAUAGCCUUAUUUUAACUAUUAUUACAACAUCACAUCAGAUGGGGUUUGCUGGACAUGGGUGUGCCUUGCACCUGUUCUUGGAAACUGUCAUGUUUUUUUUUAUUUUUGGAAAGACUGGCUGUUGUCUGAUACUGUAUUACCAGGUAAAUAACUAUGGAGGACGUAUUUGGUAUAACAAUGUUUCAAUUCAAUGUGCCAGAUUUGUUUCCACACAAAAAAAUCAGUCUUUCUCUGAAGUACAUGCCAUAUACAGUAUGUACCAUAUGUGUAUAGUACAUGUGUUUGUAAUUAUUAAGGCAGCUUAUGCAGCUGCAGCAGACCCUUGAUUGUUUUAUUAAAGAUUUAAGAAAUGAA